GUUUUUGAAAAAAAAUGACAGACCAUGAGAAAACUAUAAAUUAAUUAUAAACCUGACGCUCAUUUUUAAACAAUUUGAUAAGAUAUUGGAUUAUCAUGUUUCGACGCGGCAAAUUGCAUUUCCUGAGCACCAAAGAUGAUCGCAUCAAAGUAAUGAAUGACCGAAUCAAUUUGGCGGAGAAACAUUUGAUGGAAAUAUGCGUCGCAUUUGCGGCGUGUACGAGGAAGAUAGCAAAGUAUCGCGAUGCUUUCGAUGAGUUGGGCCACAAAGUCAAAAAUUUCGCCGAUGAAGAAAAAAUCAAUUAUAGUUUAAGCGACGGUUUAAAUUCCGUCACGACUUCCAUCACUGUUCAAGCUGAUUAUAUGGAUUUGCUGGUGCAUCGGUUAGAGAUGAAGAUUGUGAACGAGUUGAGUCAAUUCGAAAAUCUUUGCAAAUCCACACGUGAAAAUUUACGUGCAGCAACCAUUGCUCGCGACAAGGAAGUGUUGAAACAGCAGCAAUUGAUGGAAAUCAAAUCUAAAUUUACGGCGAAUAAUACGGCAGCAGAUUCCGAGCUAUUGAAAGCCAAAUUGGAGGUUAAUCGCGCCAACAAAGAAAUCGAUGAUAUCAUAAAUAGUUUCGAGCAGCGCAAAUUGGCCGAGCUAAAAUCUUUAUUAACCAAUUUCAUACUUAUAUCAUUGAAAUACCACACCAAAACAUUGGAAGCACUCUCGGCCAGUUAUUAUGAUGUUACAAAUAUCGACGAACAUGGGGAUUUUAGUGAAUUUCAAAAGUUAAUGAAAACUAAAACCGAGCCAAGAGCGCGAAAGCUUGCAUUAAAGAAGGGAAUGAAGUCUCAAUCGAUGGAUAGUUUGGAUCAUGAUACGCUUCUGAGUCCCUUAAAGCGGCGCAGCAAAUUGACGCGCAGUAACAAAAGCUUAUCUGGCAAAACUGAUGAUGAGCAAGAAAAUGAUGAAGAUGAGGAUGAGGACGACGAUGAUGAUGAUGAGGAGGAAAUUGCAUCUGUCGAUAAUACUAACGACGAAGAAGAGCAUUCCGGUACGGUUUCAGAAGACGAUGAGAACACUGAAAGUAUUUCCGACGCAAAGCCUGCAGCAGAAGUUAAUAAGGCUGACGAGAAAAAGUCCAAAGAGCAACCUAAACAUCCAUUCCGAGCUAUAGCGUCGUCGCACGUCGGCAAGUCACAAAGUCAUCGUAAACCAUUCGCUGCAAAGAGUGGCGUCGGCAUACCAACUUCGCAUAAGCGUGCGGCUGCUUCACAAUCUGUCGCCAAGGAAUAUCAGUUAAAAAAUAACCCCAGCAACGUUACUAUGACACUGGACGGGCCGAGUAGUCGCUUAGUGACAAUUGUUGAAUCGAAGAAAUGAAUAUUUAUGAUUGCAUAUGUGUAUUAAGCAAUAAUUGAUUAUACAAUAAUAUGAUAGUUAUAUUGUGGA